AUGUCGGCAGCAACAACGUCUCCAAACCCAUCUUUGCUUGCCAUCCUUGUCAUUGUCCAAGCGCGAACCGGCUCAGGUGCCGAAAUUGUCUUUCACUACCCUCCCGACCCUUUGUCUGCCGAACGACCUUCUUACAACACAGAUUCCACGGACGAGGAUGAAGAAGACACCUCCAGCAGUGAGUCAGAAGAGUCGUCGUCCGAAGACGAAUUCGAUCUCUUCACCAGCCGGCUGAGGAAUGGGCGAAGUGCCCCGCAAGACCAAGAAGGUCAGUCACCAACCUCCGACGAUGAAGAAAGCAACUAUCUAUCCAAAAGGGGGACACAAGACAACGGUCAAUGGAAACCGUCGUGGGAGCCACUGCUGGGUUUGGGAGGUGACGGUCUAGUGAGCUUGUUGGCCCCUGGGCGCGUGUGGCACAAACGCAAAUUUGAGCUCGGAAUCAACGACCUGACCUUCUUGGGCAGGCCAGUGUAUGCUCGUGAAGACGGCUUCUGGCGAAGACAGAAGAGAAGAAGGGUUCCAAAGGCUGGAGAUGAGGGCAUUACAUCUGACUCUACCAUUAGUGAAAGUGGCCAUGACGAUGAGGAGCAAGGCGAACAAGGCCUGCCAACCGACCAUGGGAGCACCAAACAGGGUCACAAGUCGAAGGAGACUCCCAAAAGCCAGUUGACCAUGUUCCAUGUCGUGUUUGUCAUGGACCCUUCCCCGCUGGAGCACACAGCCCGGGUCAAGGAGAUGUAUGACCAUGUCGUCAAGAAGUUGUCCAAAGUCCUCAAGUGGGCGCAGGCUCAUCAGGAUUACGUGUGGCAGCAGGCUGAACUCUUGCAAUCCAUCAGGUCGUCACAUUUCCAGCAACAGUCGUCGUCCAAGGUAUUGUACACUGAAAUGAAGCAGCGAUCUUCCCUGGCUUCUGCCAUCACCAAGGUGUUUGAUAAUAUCUCCGAGUCGAAGAUAGCUGCAAUCACACUCACUCCCAAACUGUCCGUCUCACUCCAGAUCCCUCCUAUUACCUCGAGCUCGUACCUGCCUUCGCUGUCUGAGCCUCCCUUACAGCCGGGUCUCUGGCUUACCACUGCCACCGAUCCAACCUCCACGUCCGAGCUCGACGCAGCUGCCUUGCAGGGUCCAUUGCAGCUAUCCAAGAACUUCACCCUGCUCCUCAAGUCGAACCCCCAGAAGAUCCUCAAGGACAUUCAAACCUCGGGUGGCUCCUUGGCCAUGCCCUUGGCGAAUUUCAUCGCGCACCUGAAACCCACCAAGUCCUUUUACAAGAUCUCCGUCGCCUCGCAGAUAGCCCUGGGUGACAUAACGCACCUAGCCCGGCACCUCGUCUACUGGCGGCGGGCGAUAGCAAUCCCGCCGCUCCACCAGCGGGACACGUACAUUGUGUCUCCCAACGCCAACAUGAGCAAGCUCGUGUCCGCAUGCAAGACAUACGAAGCGACGUUCCCCAUGAUGCCCUCGCUGCCGAAAAUGUUGAGCGCCCUGAGCGGGACCCCCGCCGCCUACGGCACCCUGAUUCCCAGCAGAGACCACAAGGAAGAGUACUACCGAGCCCUGGCCUGGCUGAUGCGAGACGGCUGGGUGACGCAGCUCCGCACGUACGCCUUUGUCCGCGUCGGCCCGGAGGUCAAGAAAGCCGUGAGGGAGAGAGACCGCGACGAAGCCCGAGCGGGCGCGAAAACCCCGGUCGAGAGAGACGCAGGCGACGCGGCGAGAAGCUUCGGCAGCGGCGCCGGCGGCACCCCCUCGACACCUGCAACGGGCACAAUCUCUUCCUUUAGGCAGCGACCGAGCAUGCUGAGCCGGCCCUCAAGCGACGGCCGUCAAUCCAUCUCCACGGACGGCACGAGCAUGCGCGCCGCCGCCCAGCAGUUCAAGCACAACCCCAAGGCCGCCAGCCUGGUGGUGUCCCCGCAGCGCGCGUCGCCCGAGGAAUCGCGCUGGCUCGACUACAUCGCGUCCACGAUGGGGUCGCCGAGAACCUCUUCCCCACCCGACCCGGCUACCUCCCCUGCUGGUAGCGCGUCCCCUUCGGACAUCGAGGCCGUUGAGAUCCGGCGCUACUGGUCCAUCUUUGUCAAGUACUUCACCGGUUCGGAGGCGCUGGAGAGGAUCCCCGUGCGCGAAGGUCUGAAGAGGAAACUCGUCUGGGAUACGCUUGCGAAGAUGGGGCUCGAUCUCGAUGGGCCCGUGGAGGACGACAAGCCUGACACGAAGAGGGUGUUGGUGACUGUUCGCCAUUGGUAA